AUGCCUCUUCCUAUUAUUGCUUGCGGCAGUGCCAACCCACGGGUUUUCAAUGCCAUUCAACCUUUAUACUUGCCAGAAUAUGAGAUUGCCUACCAUAUCAUGAGCAGCGACUCUGGAAUAGCCAACAUUCCCUUCAUCCUACAAGGCCAGACAUCCUCCGUCAACCGACUCAACGAGGACUCUUCUCCACCUGUAGCGGUCUGUAUAGGUGGCAUAUAUACUGACGAGGAGAUUGACGCCAUGCAUCAGGCUUGCCAGGGAGUCAGUUCUGUGCCCUGGCUGCGGAUGGACCAUACAGUCCCUAAACCUGCGGUUGGGCCUGGCUACGCAGAACAUGUCGUGAAGCGGAUUAAGGACUGUAUGGACAAGAUUAAGCAGGAGGGCAAGUCAGAUCAGGAUGGCAUCUGGUUUUAUUAG